GAUCCUUCAUUUGAAUACAAGCCAUACAAAUAUACUUGGGACCGGGGCGUCCGCAUUUCCAUAGUGCAACUAGACAUUAUGCCUGAUCCAUCCAAAUCGGCUCCAGCCCCCAAAAAAGGGUCCAAAAAGGCGGUCACCAAGGCGCAGAAAAAGGAUGGCAAGAAACGCAAACGGGGCCGCAAGGAGAGCUACUCCAUCUACGUGUACAAGGUGCUGAAGCAGGUGCAUCCGGACACCGGCAUCUCGUCCAAGGCCAUGGGCAUCAUGAACUCGUUCGUCAACGACAUCUUCGAGCGCAUCGCNAGCGAGGCCUCCCGCCUGGCGCAUUACAACAAGCGCUCGACCAUCACGUCCCGCGAGGUGCAGACGGCCGUGCGCCUGCUGCUGCCCGGGGAGCUGGCCAAGCAUGCCGUGUCCGAGGGCACCAAGGCAGUCACCAAAUACACCAGCUCCAAGUGAGGCGCGGCGAGGUUGCCCUCAAUUCAAAGGCUCUUUUCAGAGCCACCCAUACAGUCUUUAAAAGGGUCUUGGACAUAGUGUGGGACACUGACGAUUGCCACGCGCCUGAGGUGUUCCCUGACACUGGGUGCGGCCAAGUCUUGAUUUUUGAGCGAGGAGUGUGGGGGUAUGGCUGCUUUGCUCUUCCUAAGCAUUGUGUGAAUGACAGCUGCAGGAGCAGGCAAGAGGCGUGAGUCCCCUCCCCAAGCCUGAAGUUUCGGUGGGCGAGGUCACAGUGCAGUGGUAUUCUGGAUGUGGUCCCCCUUGGUGGCCUCUGAAUCUGUGUUCCCUUUAGCACUUUUCCAUCCUUUUCUGGAGUAGAAAGGCGUCUUUAUUCCCUGAAAACGACCAUUCUGACAUUAUAGCAUGUCAAUAAACCCUGCACUAGCAGUAUGCUGGAAAUGGGGCGGGGUCGGGGGGAGGUGCGGCACACUGUAAUGCCUGUGUGCAGGAGCUAGGAUAUAGCUUGUUUUGAGCAAGCGUUGCUCCCCUAAAGUUGCGUUGUUUUCUGUGAAGCAUUAGUAAAAGAA